AUGGCGGACGAAAAACUAACGGGUCAGGAAGCCUGGGCACAACGCUCAGAAGCAGAGCUGCGCGGUAAACCGCUGGAGGAUCUGACCUGGGUAAGCCCUGAAGGUAUCCCCAUAAAACCUCUGUAUACAGAAGCAGAUAUUGAAGACAUAGCACAUAUUCCCAGCUUUCCUGGCGAUGCACCGUUUGCGCGGGGACCGCGUUCAACCAUGUACACCAAUCGACCCUGGACCAUCCGGCAAUAUGCGGGCUUUUCCACCGCAGAGGAAUCCAACGCUUUUUAUCGACAGAAUCUGGCAGCGGGUCAGAAGGGACUAUCGGUUGCAUUUGAUCUGGCCACCCAUCGCGGAUUUGAUUCUGAUCAUCCGCGUGUGGCGGGUGAUGUAGGUAUGGCGGGUGUCGCCAUUGAUUCAGUGGAAGACAUGAAAAUUCUAUUUGACGGCAUUCCGCUUGAUCAGAUGUCCGUAUCGAUGACCAUGAACGGCGCUGUGUUACCGGUACUUGCAGGCUAUGUGGUCGCCGGUGAAGAGCAGGGGGUCGCACAGAAAGACCUUUCCGGCACAAUUCAGAACGACAUUCUGAAAGAGUUCAUGGUCCGCAACACCUUUAUUUAUCCGCCGCAAAGCAGUAUGCGGAUUGUGGCGGACAUUAUCGGCUAUACAUCUGAGCAUAUGCCGCGUUUCAACUCCAUUUCGAUUUCCGGUUAUCACAUGCAGGAAGCCGGCGCGAACGCGGUACAGGAGGUUGCGUUUACGCUCGCAGAUGGUGUCGAGUACGUCCGUGCGGCCCUUGCCACCGGACAGGCGGUAGAUAAAUUUGCGCCGCGUUUAUCGUUCUUUUUCUGUAUUGGCAUGAACUUCUUCAUGGAGAUCGCCAAGUUACGUGCGGCCCGGAUUCUGUGGCACGAGCUUAUGAGUCAGUUUAAUCCGCAGAAUCCAUCCUCACUGAUGCUGCGGACGCAUUGUCAGACCUCAGGGGUAUCGCUGCAGGAACAGGAUCCAUAUAACAACGUGGUGCGCACCACGAUCGAAGCGAUGGCAGCUGUGCUGGGUGGCACUCAGAGUCUGCAUACCAAUGCAUUGGACGAAGCGAUUGCGCUGCCAACGCCAUUCUCCGCCCGCAUAGCACGCAAUACGCAGAUCAUUCUUGCCGAAGAAAGUCAGAUAACCCGUACAAUCGAUCCGUUAGGUGGCAGCUAUUAUGUUGAGAGCCUGACUAACUCCAUUGUGCAGCACGCGCGCAAACUGAUCGAAGAAGUAGAAGGUCUCGGCGGUAUGACUAAGGCCGUAGUGUCAGGCAUGCCCAAACAGCGUAUCGAGGAAGCUGCGGCUCAGCGCCAGGCGCGCAUUGAACGUGGCGAAGACGUGAUUGUCGGCGUUAACAAAUAUCAACUUGAGGAAGAAGACGGCGAGCUCGAUGUCCUGGCUGUUGAUAACAGCAAGGUGAGGCAGGCACAGCUGCGUCGACUGAAUGAGUUGCGUAAUAACCGCGACGAAGCCAAGGUGCAGGCCUCGAUGGAUGCGCUCACAAAAGCAGCAGCGGAAAACUCAGGUAACCUGUUGGAGCUUGCGAUAGAGGCCACUCGUAAUCGCGCCAGCGUCGGCGAGGUGUCUUACGCACUUGAGAAGGUCUACGGCAGGCAUGAGCCCAAAGCGAAGAUGACGCCCGGAGUCUAUGCCGAGAGUUAUGGUGAUGACCCAGCUUUUACUAAAGUGCGCGACGAGAUCAAAAUUUUCACAGACGUUGAGGGGCAGGCGCCCAGCAUCCUGGUGGUCAAGAUGGGACAGGAUGGACAUGACCGGGGUGCCAAGGUCAUUUCCAACGCGUUUGGUGAUUUUGGUUUCGAUGUGAGUAUGGGGCAAUUAUUUCAGACGCCUUCAGAAGCCGCUGCCCAGGCCAAAGCAGAAGGUGUGCAGGUCGUCGGUGUGUCCACCCUUGCUGGUGGACAUAAAUCGUUGGUCCCUGAAAUGAUUCAGGAGCUGCAGGCUGCAGGCAUGGAGGACGUGAUUGUUGUGGUCGGCGGUGUCAUCCCGCAGCAGGACUAUCAGGCACUCUACGACGCAGGCGUGCACGCUAUUUUCGGGCCGGGUACAAACAUUCCGGACGCAGCGAGUCAGAUAUUGAAGCUGAUUCCCGGCAAAAACAGAUAA